AUGUUAAUAAAAGGCCAUUAUUUAUGGUCCUUAUAUUAGGGUUCAACCAACUAGUCAAGUAGCCAUAUAUUUUACUUCCUUCACAAUAACCACCGCCCUUCUCAUUUAUAAGACCAUACCACCACACCCCAAUUCAUUCUAACCCCAAUACAACUUUCAGAAAUUUCAAGAAAGCCAUACUCUAGUACUUGAUCUAUUCAAUAAUUUCCCAAUAGAUCAGGAAACCAAAAGCAAAUUGAAAAUGCUUUCUAACCCACAAAAAUCACCAUCUUUUCUACUAGAUAGAGUCAUAACACCCGCAACAAAUACUGGCGGAUGUGGUACAAAAGUACCGUUUCAAUCCGCUAGUAUACAGGUACCGGACUCUGUAGCCCGGUACCACACACAACAGCUGGUUGAUCCCAACCAGUGUUGUUCAGCCGUCAUCCAACAGAUCAACGCACCAAUUUCUACCGUUUGGUCCGUUCUCCGUCGUUUUGACAACCCACAAGCAUACAAACAUUUUGUCAAAAGCUGCCACGUCAUCGUCGGUAAUGGUGACGUAGGAACAUUAAGAGAAAUCCAUGUCAUUUCAGGCUUACCUGCAGCUCGUUCAACCGAACGUCUAGAGAUACUAGACGAUGAACGCCACGUCAUCAGCUUUAGUGUAGUCGACGGUGAUCACCGGCUAGCCAACUACCGGUCGGUGACCACCCUCCACCCUACACCGGCCGGAAAUGGGACAGUUGUGGUGGAGUCAUAUGUUGUUGAUACACCACCAGGGAAUACUAAAGAAGAAACAUGUGUGUUUGUUGAUACUAUUGUGAAAUGUAACCUUCAAUCUUUAGCUCAGAUCGCCGAGACUAAAGUACUUCAGCGAAACUGAUUAAGUUCAUACACACGUGAAACGUUAUAUCGAAUUUUCAAGAUUUAUUAAACUUGAAGAUACCCAUCUUGGAAUCAAAGUACAAAAUUGUCGUUUUUCAAUCGAAGACAGUCAAAAGGGGGUUGAUGCUAUUGAAGAAUCUUAGACCCGAUCAAUCAAGAAAAACCUUUUAUUUUUUAUGAAAAUUUUGUUGGUGUAGAUUUCCAUCAUCAAAGUUUUUGUGAAACUAAUUUCUUUUUUUUUAAGGUUUUAUUGAUAGAUUUGGUUAAGAAGAAGAAGAACAUGAUGAUCAAUGUCUAUUAAUGUUCGAUCGGUUUUACAUAUUAUGAUGAGAAUAUGUUUUGUCUUUGAUAUAUGGUUCUUGUUGAUUAUCACUCAUUAUAAUUAACUUCAUUUGUUUUAUUAA